UUGUCUCGCAUCCCAUCUGCUGCUGCUGCUGCUGCUGCUGCUGCUGCCCUUCCUCAGCAUCACCGUCCGUUUCCCUUUCACAGCACAACUGCCCCCGGGAUGGCCGGCAGACUCCUCACCCCAGCCAUCACAGGCGCACUGCUCUUCGCUCUGACUGCCGCUCCGGAUCGUUUUCGAAAGCCGCUCGUCGCGCAGCUCGAGCAAUAUGUUUCGGCCGACAACGUCGGGAGAAUAAUCACGGCGCUGAAGUGGCUGGUAGCGAUCGGUGUGGUCAAGGAUCUCAACAGGAGACUAUCAGAACUCGCUCAGAACAACUUUCGACUUCGAUCGGAGAGACAUCGAUACAACUGGCCCACCGAAGUUGCCGUCAUUACAGGUGCAAAUGGCGGGUUUGGAAGUCUGAUGUCUAAGGAUCUUGCGCGGAGAGGCGUCAACAUUAUGGCUCUGGACAUCCAAGACGAGCCGAAUCCGACGUUCCGAGCCUAUCCAAAGAUUCACUAUUUCAAGUGCGAUGUCACAGACCGCGCACAAGUCGCACAUGUUGCGAACCAGAUCAGACAACGGUUCGGCGACCCUACGAUACUGGUGAACAAUGCAGGUAUCUCGAGCGAGGGUCCGAUUCUGGAGCAGUCCGAGGAGGCGCUAAAGAGAGUAUUCGGCAUCAACAUCAUUUCGCAUUACUACACAGUGCAAGAGUUCCUCCCAGCCAUGGCGAAGAAGAAGAAGGGCCAUGUCGUCACCAUCGCAUCUAUGGCCUCCUUCGCAACUACCCCAGGCCUCGUGCCAUACAGCAACACCAAGGUUGCCGCACUCGGCUUCCACGAAGGACUGAUUCAGGAAGCUCGCGUCUUCCUCGACGCCCCCGAAGUGAAGUUCUCAGUUGUCCACCCAUCAUUCGCCGCAACACCCAUGGUCGCACCGUUCAAAGCACAGCUCGAGGCAGGCGGCGCAAAGGUGAUCACAGCAGAGAGUGUCGCAGAUGCAGUUGUCAAGCAGAUCUUGAGCUGCAAGGGCAAGCAAAUCGUCAUCGCAGGCAACUUGGGCAUUGCCGUGUGGCUGAGAUCCUUCCCCGUCUGGGUGCCGUUGGGCAUGUUCCGGCUCGGCGACACGAGAACGAAGGUAGUCCAGAAGGAAUUUCUUAAGUGAGGAAGAACUCUGCUGAUGCGUCUCUUGUUGUCGCAGGCUGCGUACGAAAACAUGUUUCCGAGUGCUUCCACCAAGAAGCAAUAGACGGACGAACGAAAGCAUUGAAGCAUAGAUGCAUCGGCGACGGAGUUUUCUCUUCUCCAAAUGAUUGAAUGUUAGCAAAACGGCAGUCCUGUGAAGUGUCAGACAAGAUAAAGCAUACCUAUAAUGUAAGAGAUAAGACUCUGUAAUGUUGAUCUUUGGUGGGAUGGAUGAUAGGUUGGUGGACGCAGUCUGUCGGCGGAGUCGUGUCCAUAUUUCGCUAUACCCACCUUCAUUUGCGAGGCAAUCACAGCGUCAACGGCUUGUU